AUGGAGAUAGAGGUUAAUCGUGGUACCAGCAGAACAAGGACAAGCAGCGGCUCCAGCUGUGUCUCCAACAUCACCUUGUGUGUUGUUUUGCUGUUUGCUCUUCUAACGUGCGUCAUCGGCAUAGCUUGGCUCGUCAUGAACCCCCGCGAACCAAGCAUUCGGGUGUGCUCUUCUGUAUCCCACUUCUCUUUGUCUGAUUCACAGCUCAGAGGCACGUACGACAUUGGAUUCAACAUAAGCAACCCCAACAAGAAAAUAGACGUGUUCCUGGACAAAUUUAACGUUUUGUUGAGCUAUCAAAAGGUGGAGCUUGCUUGGGGUACAGUGCAAGUUCCUAUCUCCCUGGAGAGGACGAGGGAGACGAAUGUGAAGGUUCGCAUGGUAAUGGAGGUGGGCUCUGGCGAGCUGGGGAAGAAGCAGGUAUUUGCAGAAGUGCAGGAUAAAUGGAGGAGGAAGAUGACAGUGAGCUUCAGCGUGAGAAUGAACGUGAGAGUUAGACUUGAAGCUGGGAACUGGCCACCAAAGUCUAAGCUUUUGAAUCUCAAUUGUGGUUACCUUCUUGUCUUUCGAGGCCACGAAGAUGCCGGGAAGUUUCUGGGAUAUGCAGAGACUGGAGAGAAUCUUCGUCCGCAUCCAGAUUCUGCUCAGUUGUUUGUUAAACUCUAG